AAUGAAUUGAUAACUCAACUUGAAAAAACACAACAUCAUUUGAAUCAAGAAUAUGGAAAUGAAUUGAUUAUAGAUGACCUUGGUAAUGUGCAGCAUGGUUGUAUUUGUGUGCUGUCAAUAAUUGCAAACAAAUUUACCUAUGCUGAAUUGCAAGAAAAGCUUUGUAAUGAAUUAAUAACUCAACUUGAAAAAACACUAUGUCAUUUGAAUCGAGAAUAUGGAAAUGAAUUGAUUAUAGAUGACCUUGGUAAUGUGCAGCAUGAUAAUUGUAUUGAACAUUGUUUAAACUUUGCAUUGGUGAUUGCAAUGAACAUCAUCCUAUUAGUUGUGAAAAUUGUAGUCAAAUAG